CUCUUUUUCAUAGGGAAUCAUGAUCAUGCUGAAACUCUGGACUCUUCUUCUUGCCUAUGGGCUGAUUAUUUGUCAGAUGUACAUCUCACAGGCAGCUCCAUCCAGAAAUAGCAAGGAUGCCUUGACAGAUGGAGUCACACUAUCCAGUGACGAUGCUCAAAGGUUACUCAGAGCUAUCAAGGAGUUUAUGCAGAUAACUUCAGAUGAGCAAGAGCAACAAACAGCUGAUGGAAACAACAAUGCAACAGCACAGAAGAGGGCAUGCAACACAGCCACCUGUGUAACCCACCGCUUGGCUGACUUCCUGAGUCGAUCGGGAGGACUGGGACACAGCAAUUUUGUUCCCACCAAUGUGGGUGCCCAGGCAUUUGGCAGAAGGAAGCGACACGGUCCUCUGUGA